GUCGUUUGCAAAGUGUCCCCGGCGAGAAGUUUUUGGAGCCGUGAGGGAUACAGCACUUUGGUCAAUAUUGUUUUAACAUGCUUCAGAUAAAUCAGAAAUAAUCACUGCUAACAUUUUGGGGUGUAUACUUCUAAAUUUUUUUCUAUGCAGAUAUAUGGGGUUUUUCCACCUUCUGGCUAUUGAUGAGCCCCUUCCAGUAGCAGGGAAUAGGGAGAGGGGAGCCAGCAGAGAGACAUAGACAAGUCAUUUUCUGUACCUGUGAUGGACACGGAUUCUUCUAUGGAGAGACUUGCCUUGGCAGCUUCUCUCCAAGAUAAAAUGGCAAACCCCAAAGAGAAAACUCCAAUGUGUCUGGUAAAUGAGUUAGCCCGUUUCAAUAGAGUCCAACCCCAGUAUAAACUUCUGAAAGAAAGAGGGCCUGCUCAUUCGAAGAUGUUCUCAGUGCAACUGAGUCUUGGGGAGCAGACAUGGGAAUCCGAAGGGAGCAGUAUAAAGAAGGCCCAGCAAGCCGUCGCUAACAAAGCUUUGACGGAAUCCACGCUCCCCAAACCAGUUCAGAAGCCGCCCAAGAGCAAUGUUAAUAAUAACCCAGGUAGUAUCACUCCAACUGUGGAACUGAAUGGGCUUGCUAUGAAAAGGGGAGAGCCUGCCAUCUACAGGCCAUUAGACCCAAAGCCUUUCCCCAAUUAUAGAGCUAAUUACAACUUUCGGGGCAUGUACAAUCAGAGGUAUCAUUGCCCAGUGCCCAAGAUCUUUUACGUUCAGCUGACUGUAGGAAAUAAUGAAUUUUUUGGGGAAGGGAAGACUCGACAAGCCGCUAGACACAAUGCCGCGAUGAAAGCCCUUCAAGCACUGCAGAAUGAACCUAUUCCAGAAAAAUCAGCUCAGAAUUGCGAAUCAGGAAAAGAAAUGGAUGAUGACAAAGAUGCAAAUAAGUCUGAGAUCAGCUUAGUGUUUGAAAUUGCUCUGAAGAGAAAUAUGCCCGUCAGUUUUGAGGUUAUUAAAGAAAGUGGACCACCACACAUGAAAAGCUUUGUGACCCGGGUGUCAGUGGGAGAGUUCUCCGCUGAAGGAGAGGGAAAUAGCAAAAAACUCUCCAAGAAGCGCGCUGCAACCACUGUGCUACAGGAGCUUAAGAAACUUCCACCUCUGCCUGUGGUUGAAAAGCCAAAACUAUUUUUUAAAAAACGCCCUAAAACAAUAGUAAAGGCUGGACCAGAAUAUGGUCAAGGAAUGAACCCCAUUAGCCGCCUGGCUCAGAUUCAACAGGCCAAAAAGGAAAAGGAGCCAGAUUACGUUUUGCUUUCAGAAAGAGGAAUGCCUCGACGCCGGGAAUUUGUGAUGCAAGUCAAGGUAGGGAAUGAAGUUGCUACUGGAACAGGACCUAAUAAAAAGAUAGCCAAAAAAAAUGCUGCGGAAGCUAUGCUGUUACAACUUGGUUAUAAAGCAUCCACUAGUCUUCAAGAUCAGCUUGACAAGACAGGGGAAAACAAAGGAUGGAGUGGUCCAAAGGCUGGGUUUCCUGAACCAACAAAUAACACUCCAAAAGGAAUUCUUCAUUUGUCUCCUGAUGUUUAUCAAGAGAUGGAAGCCAGCCGCCACAAAGUAAUCUCUGGCACGACUCUAGGCUAUUUGUCACCCAAAGAUAUGAACCAACCCUCGAGCUCUUUCUUCAGUAUAUCUCCCACAUCGAGUAGUUCAGCUACAAUUGCCAGGGAACUCCUUAUGAACGGAACAUCUUCUACAGCUGAAGCCAUAGGUUUAAAAGGAAGUUCUCCUACUCCCCCUUGUUCUCCAGUACAACCUUCAAAACAGCUGGAAUAUUUAGCAAGGAUUCAAGGCUUUCAGGUGCACUACUGUGAUAGACAGAGUGGCAAAGAGCAUGUGACCUGUCUGACAUUAGCCCCUGUGCAGAUGACCUUCCAUGCUAUUGGAAGCUCCAUUGAAGCCAGCCAUGACCAGCAUCCUGAUACCCAUCUACAGAAGGUCCGUUCAUCCUCACGAGUUCCACCUCAGGCAGCUUUAAGUGCCUUGAAACAAUUUUCUGAACAAGGACUGGAUUCAAUGGAAGGGGCAAUGAAUAUUGAAAAAGGUUCUCUUGAAAAACAAGCCCAGCAUCUGGGAGAGAAAGCGAACAAUAACCAGACACACCCGGGCUCCAUCGCUCAGGACUGCAAGAAAUCAAGGUCGGUCAUCUAGCAGCUCCCAUAACCGCGCUGCCACCGCAUCCUUAUAAACCUGUCAGCACGCAUGAGGGUGUCUGUGUUCAAGGAAAUGAAUGACUAAUACCAUGAUUUGAGUCUUAUGUGAAGACAACACUAUUCUAACACAAGAGAUAAUAGACAUAGGACUGUUUAUUCAACUGGGGGAAAAUAAAACUUUGAGCAUUUCCCUUGGAACUUGAGAUCAGAUCAUAACUCAUUUGCCCAGAGGCAGCAGAAAUCCGAUCCUGCUACUGGAGCUUAAAAUAACAAUUAAUGAAAAGUGUUAGAGAAAUUGGGUUUGGUUUUUCAAUGAUGAAUAGAGAAAUUGGGUUUGGUUCUGUUGUUAGGAUUGUUUUCUCGUGGCGCUUGUGUUCUCUCUCAUUUUAAAUAAUGCCUGACGAUUCCAAGAUUAACCAACGAUGUGCUGUGCAAUGUGAUGGUCGUUGUCUUCAAAUAGAGUCACCCCAGUUUCUCUUUCAAUGCAGAUAUUUGUAAGCUUCAUCCUAUAUCAGUAUGCAUAACUUCAGGGUGCACCACUCAAAGAUGUAUGCCAACAAACAUGGUGGAAAUCAGGUCAGACUUGUGAUUACGCAUAGGAAAUAAGGGUAGGAACAACUGGUUUCAAUAGACGCCAGGAAUUCAGAAAGAAAACAAAAACCAGUUGUGGGUUUUGAACUCCAUCAUCCUAUUAACCACUGGGGAGGCGUCUUGCCUCUCCAGCCAUUUAUGUGGAUUCCACGCUCGUGGUGGACAUCGCUCCCACCCCAUCCAUGUGUUGUAAGCCGCUCACUGUUUGCAUCCAAAGUGUUCUUUGAUAACUGCCUCUGCACUUGGGUCACGGAGUGGGAUCAAAAGCAGUCAUGUACAUGGUGGGGAAGGAAAGCCAGUCAGAGGAUCCACAGAGGUCUUGCCAGCCAUGCUCUGGACCAGCAUGUUGGAAUCCAGGGUGAAGACAACGCAGUAAAAAAAAAAAACGUGGUCGA